GACGCCAUGAGUGAGUACAGGGCGUUCUUCGAGGAGCUCCUUACACGGGUCCAUGGCCUGGAGUCUAUCCUUCUCACCGACUCGCAGGGUGCUGUCCUGCUGCAGGUGACUCGGCCGGUUGCCGAGGACAAGGUCGAGGGAGCGGCUGACGGGGCAGAGGCUGAUGCCGGCGAGGCCACUGUGCUCGAGCCUGCCAUGUCGGGUGUCUUUGUCAUGGCCUGCGAUCAGGCCGCCAAGCUCGGCAUUGGCGCUACUUCGUCUAUGAUCUCGUACUACGAGAACAAUGUCAUUGUCCAGCUCAACGUCGCCCCGCUGGUCCUCUCCUUCAUCGGCUCGCACCAGGUCAACGCAGGCGCCGUCCUCGCCAUGGCACCCGAGCUCUACGCCGGCCUCGAGCCGCUCUGCCGCGUCGUUAUGGACUUUGAAGAGUAA